CACCGGAGCGGGACGCGACUCUAGGUCAUGGGGAUCCAGCCGGUAAGACCCUCGUUCUGAGCCCUGAGCCCGGGGUCACCGCCUCAGCUGGUUCUGGGCAGUCUGCCCCGCGGGGCUGUGCCAUACCCACCUUGGAUGCUGGAGUCUCGCUGCACGAGCUGCGGGCUGAGUUCGCUGCUCCGCUUGCUUCUGCGGUUUUGGCAUGCUUUCUCGCUGGAGCUCGGGAUCGCUACUCCUGGUCCUCCACCCACACCCUGGCACUUCCUCAGCGUGGCGAUCACGCUUCCUCCUCUAUCCACAGAGCCCGGUCUUGCUAGCCUCUCUUGGGGUGGGGCUGCUUACUCUGCUCGGCCUGGCUCUGGGUACCUACUUGGUUCGAAGAUCCCGCCGGCCGCAGGUUACUCUCCAGGACCCGGAUGAGAAGUACCUGCUGCGAUUGCUAGACAAGACGACAGUGAGCCACAACACCAGGAGGUUCCGCUUUGCCUUGCCCACCGCCCACCACAUUCUGGGGCUGCCUGUGGGUAAGCACGUCUACCUCUCUGCCCGAAUUGAUGGCAGUCUGGUCAUCAGGCCUUACACCCCUGUCACCAGUGAUGAAGACCAAGGCUAUGUAGAUCUUGUCAUCAAGGUUUAUCUGAAAGGUGUGCACCCCAAAUUUCCUGAAGGAGGGAAGAUGUCUCAAUACCUGGAUAGCCUGAAGAUUGGGGAUGUGGUGGAGUUCCGGGGGCCAAGCGGGUUGCUCAGUUAUGCUGGGAAGGGGAAUUUUAAUAUUCAGCCCAACAAAAAAUCUCCACCUGAACUGCGAGUGGCGAAGAAAUUGGGAAUGAUUGCUGGUGGGACAGGAAUCACCCCAAUGCUGCAGCUGAUCCGGGCCAUCUUGAAAGUCCCUGAAGAUCCAACCCAGUGCUUUCUGCUUUUUGCCAACCAGACUGAAAAGGAUAUAAUCCUACGGGAGGACCUAGAGGAACUUCAGGCCCAGUAUCCUAAUCGCUUUAAGCUCUGGUUCACUCUGGACUAUCCUCCAGAAGACUGGACCUACAGCAGGGGCUUUGUUACGGCUGACAUGAUCCAGGAGCACCUGCCUGCCCCAGGAGAGGAUGUGCUGCUGCUGCUCUGUGGGCCACCACCCAUGGUGCAGCUGGCCUGCCACCCUAACUUGGAUAAGCUGGGCUAUUCACAAAAGAUGCGAUUCACCUACUGAGCUUCGCAAAGCCUCCCUGACCCCAUGUGUGCAGUUGUCCCUAGUCGAUUCUUGAACACCAAGAGGCCCUAGGGCUUUUGCUGAGAGCAUCAGCCUUCUGUGUCUCAGCCCGGAAUCUGGGUGCUUGCAGAAACAACACUCCCUCAGCUAUGGUGGAUGCAGGUCAAGGCUAAGUCACUCCCUUGAAGCUUCCUUUAUCCUAAUCUCCUUGUGAUAAAAGGUCCAGAUGAGGCUCAAGGAGCAGUCUCUAGAGCCAGAAAGAAGGAACUGUGUGUACAUUUGUUAUGAGACUGCCUAGUUUCUGAGAGCAUUAUGGUCAUCUCUGUGUAUGGGAUGAAAGCAAUGGACAGGGCAAUGCAUUUCACCUCGUGUUCAGCACUUCAUCCACUACUUAGAUGAGUACAGGUUGAGUGGGCUUAUAGACACAGUCCUACAGAAACUGUAGGAAGGGAAUUAUUUUCCGGAAUUCUAGACCUCAGAGAAAUGAGGCUGACGUGUGUGUGUGUGUGUGUGUGUGUGUGUGUGUAUCUCAGGCCCUGCCCAGGAUGGCGUGAAAUGGUUACUCAUAACUUAAUAUUGCUGCUUGUACAAAGUGUGUCUGGCUGUUCAAAUAAAUGGAGCCGAGGCCCUAAUGAUCUCAAGGAAUCAUCAUCAUGUCUGGGGUCCUUGUCCUCUAAUGCCUAAGGACAUUGGAAGGGAAGGGCUCCCAGCACAAAAUCUUCUGGGUGUUUUAGAGAGCUUCUCAGGAGCUGUGCCAUAUGCUGAAAUGUGAGCUGCCACCAGACGCAGGGCUCAUGCCUGCAGCUGUUCUGCAGAGCCAGAGCCCAGUUCCUCCCUGGAGGCUUUAGAGGUGGAGGGGAGGAAACAGAGGGGGCUUUUAGAGUAGGGAUAUCCCUCUCUGUGGUCCCUUAAUUUGGUCAGUCUUCCCUUCUUUCUGUGUACCCAUCUUCACGUUAAUCCUUCAGGGUACCCGGCCUACAAAACAAAGUGUUGCCUUUCCGUUUGGAUGAGACAUCUUAAAAAGUAACCUGACGUCACCAGC